AUGGUGAAGAGGAAGAGCCUGGACGAUGGCGAGCCCGAGUGCGGCAAAGGGGUCCCGUUCCCCAUCCAGACCUUCUUGUGGAGGCAGACCAGUGCGUUCCUGCGUCCCAAGUUGGGCAAGCAAUACGAAGCGUCCUGCGUGUCCUUUGAGAGGGUGCUGGUGGAGCACAAGUUGCACGGCCUGUCCCCAGCCCUGUCGGAGGCCAUCCAGAGCAUCUCCCGCUGGGACCUGGUGCAGGCGGCGCUCCCCCACGUGCUCCACUGCACCGCCAUCCUGCUGUCCAACCGCAACAAGCUAGCGGACAGUGCAGGACACCAAGACAAACUGGGCGUGGCGGAGACCAAGCUGCUGCACACCUUACAUUGGAUGCUUCUGGAGGCCCCUCAGGAGUGUGCCCAGGACCCUGCGCUGGCCCACCUGCUGCAGCCCAUGGGCGGAGGAGGCGGAGGCUUCCUGCAGCCUGUGGGGAACCAGGGGCCCUGCUCCGGAUCCCUGGAGGACGAGGAGCAGAGCCGCACUAAGCUGUUCCAGAAGAGCAUGGCCACGGUGGAGCUGUUUGUCUUCCUGUUCGCGCCUCUCAUCCACCGAAUCAAGGAGUCUGACCUGACGUUCCGACUGGCCAGUGGGCUGGUGAUUUGGCAGCCCAUGUGGGAGCACCGGCAGCCGGACAUCCCGGCCUUUACCACGUUCAUCAAGCCGCUCCGCAACAUCGUCACAGGUGAUGAGGAAAUCCUUGAUCCUCCACAAGACACUUUUACCACAGUGUCCCGGGUCAACGGCAUUUCAGCAAAGGUCAAGAACACAUGGCUGCAGUCCAAGAGGACCUCCCCCAUCAGCAACCAGUGCAGCCCCCAUGGAGCUGGGAACCCCGGGCCCCUGGGCUUCCAGGUAGUGUGUGAGGCCGCCUGGUCUGAAUCCUCCUCCCCUGCCUCUGGAGAGCAGAGCUGUCGCCGUAGUAACUCUGUGGAAAAGGGCGGUCCUUCCCAGCCGCCGCCAACCAUCAAGGGACCGUCCAAGAAAAAGACAUCAGCUCCCGGGGGGCUGCCCACCUCCCUGUCCCAGAGAGCGCGCUACGCCACAUACUUCGAUGUAGCCGUGCUGCGCUGCCUGCUUCAGCCGCACUGGACGGAGGAGGGGGUGCACUGGGCCCUGCUCUACUACCUCCAGAGGCUCAGGAACAUCCUGGAGGAGCGGCCAGAGCGCGUCCCAGAGUCCCUGGCAACUCCCCUGCCCCGCCCACGCAGCAGCUCCAUGGUAGCAGCCACGCCCUCGCUGGUCAACACCCACAAGACACAGGACAUGAGUUUGAAAUGCGAUGAAGAGGGGAAAUCUCUGAGUACCGAGACCUUUGCCAAAGUGUCUCUGACCAACCUGCGGCGCCAAGCUGUACCUGACCUGUCCUCUGACCUGGGCAUGAACCUCUUCAAGAAGUUUAAGAACCGUGGGAGGGAGGAGCGUGAGAGGAAAGGCUCCAUCCCGUUCCACCACACAGGGAAGAAACGGCAGAGGAGGAUGGGGGUUCCAUUCCUCAUGCACGAGGACCACCUGGACGUGUCCCCCACACGCAGCACCUUCUCCUUCGGGAGCUUCUCUGGCCUGGGGGACGACCGUCGAACACUGGAACGCGGAGGGUGGCAAGCUACCAUCAUGGGUAAGUUCACUCGGAGGGGCAGCACGGACACGGCAGCAGACGCAGACAGCCUCAGUGCCAAACACUCCCACUCACACCACUCCCUCAUGAGAGAGACCCCCGAACACCCCAACAGCAACAGCGACAACACGGUGCGAGAGGGCAACCCUGCAGUGCGCUCCCAAAUCUCCACAAUCACCAUGGCUGCCUUCAACACAACGGUGGCUUCCUUCAACGUGGGCUACGCAGACUUCUUCACGGAGCACAUGAAGAAGCUGUGCACCCCCAAUGUGGCCGAGAUGCCCACGGAGCCCCUGGCCUGUGCCAACCUGCCCCGCAGCUUCACCGACUCCUGCAUCAACUACUCGUGCCUGGAGGAGGCAGAGAGCAUGGAGGGCACCAGCCACUUCGUACAGAAGAACGGCAUGCUGGACCUCACUGCUGUGCUCCGCGCUCUCUACGCCGUGCUGAGCCGGGACAUCAGCUCCAGGAUCUGUGACGUGGCUCUGAACAUCAUCGACUGCCUGCUGCAGCUGGGCCUGGUCCCUGACAUGGGCAAGAGACUGUCCAAGCAGGACAAGGAGAACCAGGAGGCUCGGCCCAAAGACUCAGUGGCCCACAGCAUGAGCGGCAGCAGCAGCGCAGGAGGAGGGACGUGUCCAGGAGGAGGCGGAGGGGACGGGGGCGGAGGGGGCAGUGGAGGAGGAAGUGGACAGGGCAGCAAGGACGACAUCAAGAACAACAAGGACACUGACAAAAAGGAGGAGGCAGCCGGCCUCAGCACACACCGCCUGGCCCUCACCAUGCUCAUCAAGAUCGUCAAGUCCCUGGGCUGUGCGUACGGAUGUGGGGAGGGCCAUCGUGGGCUGUCGGGGGACCGCCUCCGUAUGCAGGCGCAGAACUGUCUGACCAGCCUUUACAAACUGGAUAAGCAGCAGUUCCGCCAAACCAUGCGCGAGUAUGUCAACAAGGAUUCUCUGAACAACAUUGUGGACUUCCUCCACGCUCUUUUGGGCUUCUGCAUGGAGCCCAUCACUGACAACUACGGCAGUGCAGGUGAGAGGUCCCGGAGGGCGAAAAAACGAAACAUCGACAAAGCGGGCUUUGGGAACAACUUUGCCACGGGGGACAACAAGUCGGUGGCUCAGACCAUGGAGGCGGUGGUGGUGGGCUGCAUGUUCAAGUCUCUGAUAACGCGCUGUGCCUCCACCACACAUGAGCUGCACAGUCCAGAGAACCUGGGCCUGUACUGUGACAUCCGGCAGCUGGUGCAGUUCAUAAAGGAGGCCCAUGGAAACGUGUUCCGAAGAGUGGCCCUGAGCGCGCUCCUGGACAGCGCUGAAAAGGUCACGGCCACCAAGAAGCCAGACGAGAGGGAUGACUGCAAGAGCGCUGGUCCCAGGAGCGAGGAGCAGAUUCCCGGUGCGCUCCUGGGCCGGAAGGACUUCUGGAGGAAGAUGUUUAAGUCUCAGAGCGCAGCCAGUGACACAAGCAGCCAGUCUGAGCAGGACACAUCCGAGUGCACCACCGCGCACUCCGGCAACACCACAGAGCGCAGGUCCCGCUCGCGCUCCCGACGCAUCUCCCUCCGCAAGAAGCUCAAACUGCCCAUCGGUAACUGGCUGAAGCGCUCCUCUCUCUCUGGGCUGACCGAUGGCGUGGAGGACCUGCUGGACAUCAGCUCUGUUGACCGCCUCUCUUUCAUUCGCCAGAGCUCCAAGGUGAAGUUCACCAGCGCGGUAAAGCUGACCGAGGCCUGCGCUGCAGGCCCAGACUACGGCCGCGACGAGGAGGAGAACUUCUUCAAGCGCCUGGGUAAAUGGCGCUCUGGCAGGAGGAAUCCAUCCAAGCUUCACCACACAGAGGAGAAAGAUGGUAGACCUGCCCCUUCCUCCCCACUGCCACCCAUACGCACACCCGCCCCUCCGUGUACUGCCCAUACGCCCGCCUGCUGCUCCGUGUACUGCCCAUACGCCCGCCUGCUGCUCCGACCUCAUGGCUUUCAGGAGAGGUUAGCAGCCAGUCAGGAGGCGAUGAAGAACAAGAAUGUGGUGAACCUGGGAGCCAUCCGCCAAGGCAUGAAGCGCUUUCAGUUUCUGCUGAACUGCUGUGAACCUGGGACCAUCCCAGAUGCCUCCAUCCUUGCGGCAGCCCUAGACUUGGAGGCUCCAAUCGUGGCCCGGGCUUCACUCUUCCUCGAAUGUGCCAGAUUUGUUCACCGCUGUAAUCGUGGCAACUGGCCCGAGUGGAUGAAAGGCCACCACGUGAACAUUACCAAAAAGGGACUGUCCAGAGGCCGCUCGCCCAUUGUAGGCAACAAGAGGAACCAGAAGCUGCAGUGGAAUGCUGCCAAGCACUUCUGCCAUUGGGGAGAUGCGAUUGGGACGAGGCUGAGCGAGCUGUGUCAUUCGGACAGCGAGAGUCCUGCCAAUAUCCUGGGAUACAUUUAUGACGAGGAGACCAAGAGGAGGAUGAGGAAGGAGGAUGAAGAGGAGGACUAUUUAGAUGACAACACGGUGAACCCGACAAAAUGUGGCUGCCCCUUCGCACUCAAAAUGGCCGCCUGUCAGCUGCUCUUAGAAAUCACAACCUUUCUGAGAGAGACUUUUCCGUGUCUACCACGUCCACGCACAGAACCCCUAGUGGAUUUGGACAGUUGCCGUCUGCGCCUGGACCCGGACUCUGGACGCCAUCGUUACGAGAGGAAGAUCAGCUUUGCAGGGAUUCUGGAUGAUGAGGAUGGACACGACUCUCUGAACAGCAGCAGCCACACGCUCAAGUCCGAUACCACCUGUGAGGACAAGAAAGUCCAGGAAGUGCAGGCGCCUGUGCGUAAAAUCCGUAUUGGAGGGUCUCGCCUGCUGCAGAUCAAAGGCGCACGUAGUUUCCGUGUGAAGAAAGGCGGGUCACUGUCGUCCAUUCGCAGAGCUGGCAGUCUGAAGAGCACCAAGAUGCCCCGGCAGGACUCAGAGUCUGAGAACGAGGAGGGACUGCUGUCCCAGACCCAGAGCCGGGACACAGUCACUGACAUAGGAAGUCCUUUCAGCACCAGUGAACCCAGCAUUGAACCAGAGGGACAAGGUUCUGGAGGAGUGGAGGACAACUACCACCGGAACAUGUCCUGGCUGCAUAUCAUGAUCCUGCUGUGUAACCAGCAAAGUUUUAUAUGUACCCACAUCGACUUCUGCCACCCGCGCUGCUACCAGCACCACAGCCGCUCGUGUGCUCGUCUGGUGCGUGCCAUAAAGCUGGUGUACGGGGAGUGUGUGGACGGCAUGAGGGAGGAUAGCGCCUCCACAGCAAACAUCGGGGUCCGCGUCAAGAAGACCAAAGAGUGUUCAGAUAAGUCGUGUUUGCGGACGCCCUCAAUGAAGCGGCGGCCCAACGACCCGACUACGGAGGGGAAGAAGGACACAGGCAUGCUCAAGUACAUCCGGACCCAAGUGAUGAGCCUGUCGCCGGCGCCUCUGUCCCUGCUUAUUAAGGCCGCGCCCAUCCUGACUGAGGACAUGUACGGAGACAUCCAGCCCGCCGCCUGGGAGCUGCUGCUGAGCGUGGAUGAGCACAUGGCCGCAGCUGCUGCGGCCAUGUUCCUGCUGUGUGCGGUGAAGGUCCCAGACGCCGUGUCAGAGAUGAUGAUGGCAGAGUUCCAGCACCAGGAGGCCUGUCAGCGCAUCAACUCUAUCCUCAAGUUUUACACCCUGUGGAGGUUCAGAUACCAGGUGUGGCCCCGCAUGGAGGAGGGCGCGCAGCAGAUAUUCAAGAUCCCUCCGCCCAGCAUCAACUUCACGCUGCCCUCCCCCAUCCUGGGCAUGCCCUGUGUGCCCAUCUUUGACCCCCCAUGGGUGCCUCAGACCACGGGCAGUGUGCAGGACCCCAUCAACGAAGAUCAGUCUAAAUCGUUUUCGGCCCGCGCCGUGUCGCGCUCUCACCAGCGCGCCGAGCACAUCCUGAAGAACCUGCAGCAGGAGGAGGAGAAGAGGCGCCUGGGCAGAGAGGCGAGCAUCAUCACAGCCAUCCCAGUGUCCCAGGAGGCCUGCUACGAGCCCACCUGCAGCCCCCCGCCCGAGCAGGAGGAGGAAGCAGAAGAAGUGGUGAACCUGGCGUCUCGCCGGCUCUCCGUCAGUCCAUCGUGUGCCUCCAGUAACUCCCACCGCAACUACUCCUUCAGACGGGGCUCGGUGUGGUCCGUGCGCUCCCUGGCCAGCGCUGAGGGUACGCAGCUAACCAUCGCUAACUAUGUGUGGAACGUUUAA